AUGGGAAUGGUUGCAAUCCAAUCCAAAAGAGUCUCACGUGACUGUUGUAAAGAGGAUACUAAGAUUCUAUGUUGGAACAUUAGGGGGUUGAAUAGGUGUGAUAAGCAGCUAAAGGUGAAGAUAAUGCUUAAUCUUCACCACAUUAAACUAUUCAGCCUUCUGGAAACCAAGAUAAAGGCUCCAAAAUUGGGUGACCUUUAUCUGAACUUGUGUCCUGGGUGGAAUUUCACCACCAACUUAAGUUGUUGUUCUUCUAGCAGGAUUGUGAUUGGUUGGGAUCCUUCCUCUUUUAAUCUCAACAUUCUAGCCAUGACCAACCAGAGUGUUCAUUGUGAACUGACUUCUCUUAGUACUUGUCUCAAAUUUUGUGUGACUUUCAUCUAUGGGAUGAAUGAUAAGGCUGACAGAGCCAAAUUGUGGGAUCACCUGUGUGACAUUGCCCUUAACUGCAGCUCAGCUUGGGUAGUCAUGGGAGAUUUUAAUGCUCUCAUGGACAUUGAUGACAGAAUUGGAGCCCCUGUUAGAUUGAAUGACAUUCAACCAAUGAGAAACUGUAUGAAUUCCUGUCAAUUGGAUACAAUCAAAACCACUGGUAGACUUUACACAUGGACCAACAAGCAGGAGGGGAUUUCUAGAGUGUUCUCUAGAAUUGAUAGAGUAUUGGCAAAUUCACAAUGGGGUGACAUGUUUCCUGAUGCAGAAGCUAACUUCCUUCCAAAGGGGGAUUUCGAUCAUUGCCCCAUGGUCCUUUGCUGCUUUCCAACUAUACAUGUCAAGAGGCCUUUUAGAUUUUACAAUGUGUGGACAACCUCUGAUAGGUUCAUUAGUCUUGUGGAACAGAACUGGAAAAAGAGUGUUCAUGGGUGCCCUAUGUUCAGACUUACACAGAAACUCAAGUGGCUCAAAACUGAUCUCAAAGCUCUUAACAAGCAAAGUUUCAAUGAUGUUGAAGCUGAUGAUCUCAAAAUGCACGGCCUGCUUCUAGAAGCUCAAUCUAAAAUGCACGCAGACCCUAGAAACACCAGUUUAGCCACAUUGGAGAAAGAAGCUGCUGCAGCUUACCUCAAAGCUCACACUGCCUACACUUCUUUCAUUCAACAGAGAGCUAAGAUUGACUGGUUGGAGUUUGGUGAUGAGAAUUCUAGACUCUUCCACCAGAGCAUCAAACAAAGGAGAAAAAAAACAGUAUUCACUCCAUACAUUCCCAGUCUGAUGAAUGGAUCCAGUCCCCACAGGGAGUGA